CCUUGUAUCCAAUUUCAAAUGGGUUUUUUUUGAACCCGAUUGUCCAACUUAUGCAACGAGAAUCCCAUCAUCAUGCCCAAAGCAAAGCAAACUGGAGAAACCUCGAAAAACUCGGCGGCGUCGGAAAUUGACGAUAUUUUCGCGACCAAGACCAUCGCGUCAAGCACCAAACCCGAAAAGGAAGCGGCAUUGAGUAAAGCGGCCAAAAAGAAGGCCAAAAAGAAGGCCAAGAUGGCCGAAGAAGAGGUUCAGAAAGAAGCUGGUGACGGAGACGAAGAAGAACAAGAAGACCAAAGUGACGAAGAACCAGAACAGCAGAAAGUCGAAGAAGUCGUCUUUGCCGAGUUGGCGGCUGUUAAGAAAAGCAACAAACGACCUGCACCGCACAAAACAAAUGAUGACGGUGAUGAUGGAUUUGCAGAUUCUCGAGGAAAGAAAUCCAAGCGCAUGACUGAAGAUGGUUAUCCCAUUUUUGACGUAAAGGAACUGCGAAUAGGCGAAGGAGGAGAUACACCCGAUUGCCCGUUUGAUUGUCAAUGCUGUUUCUGAUCCAAUCCUUUCCAAACAUGGUUUUGUUAUAUUCACGCAAAAAAUGUAUACAAUUUACACCAUUUUUUUUUUCUACUUGUUUAUUCUUUUUUUUUUUUUUUUUU